AUGUCCGCUUCGCUGAUUUUCCGGUUGACCACUCAAGGCGAGCACAAACACGGCCUUUCGGAUCCCAACGCAAUAUUGGCGCGGAGAGAGAUUUUGAAGAGAGCAAUAUCGACGGGCACAUUGCACAGACCUAGCAAGCCUCAAACUUUUGGAAAAUACGACCCUCGCUUUGCAAUUAUCCGCUUUAAUUUCCAUCCAGAACUCUCUAAGCCACUUCCUGCAACAUUCAGAGACUACACGGCGAAAAUGAGCUCGGUGGCAAGAGCCAAGUCGCUUGACCAUAUCGUGUUGACGGUUAAAGAUCUUGAUGCCUCCGUAAAAUUUUACGAGGAGGUUCUGGGCAUGCAGCAUACUUCAUUUGGAGCAGCCAACCAUCCUAGUAUUCAACGACACGCCCUGAACUUCGGGAGGCAGAAGAUCAAUCUCCAUAUCAGCGGAGAAGAGUUCGAACCCAAAGCCCAGAACGUGCAGCCGGGCAGUGGUGACUUGUGCUUUCUCGUGGAAGACAACGUGGACGACGUGCUUGAGCGAUUACAGGAGAAAGGUAUGGACGUGUUAGAAGGCGGACAAGUGGUGCAGCGAACGGGUGCUCAAGGGAAAUUGCGAAGUGUCUACGUUCGUGAUCCGGACGGGAACUUGAUUGAGUAA